AUGAGCGGUGGUGAGCGCGGCGGAGACGAAGCCCUAACAGAUGACGAUGAUGAUGAAGCUUCUUCGCUGAAACUUAUGCGGGUGCAGCAGGAGAGGAGCGCUUUCCUUCCACCCAGCAAAACUUUGCUUCGUUUCAGCGGAGUGACAGUCGAUUCUUUUGCUAACAAGUCCUUUUGCUCAGGAAGGCGGAAAUCAGGGUGA